AUGUUGCUUCGAUCUUUGGGUGUAUUGGCACUAGCGACAUCAUCGUGUGCUCUACAAUGGUUCCCCGUGAAUAGCAAAGGAGAAAUACCACUAGAGAUUGAACCAUUUGAGAAAGGUCAAGAAGUGCAAUUUGAUUGCAUUCAACGAAAUAUCGAUAAUGGCGAACACAAGUUUGAUCAACAAAACAAGAUCAUAUAUGGACCGUUCCCCAAAUGCAAGGAGACGUCAAAGCCAUUCAGUUUUGCCUAUGGUGUGAAUCAAGAUAUCAACUGCACCAUUGAAUUUAGCGACGAGUUGUAUCAUUUGUUUCAACUUUAUAUUCAUGAAGAUGCGCCUUUUAGUUGUCGUCUACCCUUAAGUUCCGAAAUGUUGUCGAUUGAAAAAGGCGGUGCUUAUAUCCCAUUUACUUUUAAUUUCAGAGGCGAGAUCUCGGAAUCGCAUCUUGACAUCGACAGCUCGAUGAAUGUCUUGAUCACCAAGCCCUCGAAUGAUUUGGCUGAGCAGUACACUUUUAUCAGCGCUGUUGCGUUUGGAUCGGGCACAAAUACAACAAGGAUCGUGAUUGGGGAAGAACUCACGUUGAACUUUGCCAUUAGGUGGUUUGACCUGUUGAGCGUCAAGGGGAAAACAGGCUACGAUUUGCCCUAUGACGAUGGUUUUUACAAGUUUCCCAUGUCGUUUAUUCCAAUGAGCUAUACCGUUUUUUACUCCUACAUCUCACUUACUUCAGUGGUGACGGCACUAAUGACUCUUUUAAUCACAUACAAGUGGGUGAAUCAAAAGAGGAGGUACAUGCCACUUGAUAACGAGUCGAAACAGGACUAA